GAUUUUUACUAUUGGGUGCAUACUGUAUUUGUGCAGUUUCAUUCACUUGUUCUAGUGAAUAGGGAACAAGGAAGAAAGAUUACACAGAAAUGAUAAUGCAUACUCAAGAUGCCGAGUGUGCGCAGAGCACAAUAUUCACAGAAUGUACCAGGAGGUGUAUUCGUAUCACAACAUGGGCCACACGAAUACUAGCUUUCCUGAGUAUCGUGAAUUGUAUCGUGGCGUUUGCCGCACUUAAUGAAGCUACGUUCGGAAUAUUCAUGACUGUCACAGCAAUUUUUAGUGUUAUCAGCCCGUUUACCUUUAACUGUUGCUGCUACUCGGAUUGUUCCAGAAACACAAAGACUGAACAAGCAAUCGGACAUUGGGGUGUCUAUGUGUGGAUGUUCAUGAGCAACAUGGGCUAUGUUAUUAUCUUUGGAUACAGCUGGUACGUAUGGACAGUAUCAAGCUACCAAUACGACAAUGACAUAUAUUACGACGAAUAUUCAUCCACAUAUGGCCCUUACUACCCCAACUUUGGAUACAACAGGGCGGCUUUAUUUGACACAAUAUUUGCAUUUUCGCUAAUCAUUACGUUCUUUCUUUCGAUUUUCAACCUUUUCUCGUUUUGUCUUGUCUACAAGUACGGUUGUUGCUUCAUGAGGAAAUUCGAUCACUCUGAUCAAGGUGUUGUAAUGGCAAUCGUGAUGAAUCAACAGAUAUCUACAAUCGGGGGAUGUUUUCCGGCUAACAAUGCUCAGCAAACAUUUACCAGCCCAGGGGUGCAAUAUGCUCAGUACCAGCAAUGUCCUGCCGGGCCUGAUAUCAUCACCGCACCCUCCACCAAAAAUAUUGGUGUUGCAACUGACUAUGUAGAUGUGUCUUCGGCAUCCACAAUGGCUGUUGAAAGUGGUUGGCAUUCGCGAAAACUGCUAUAA